UUUCAAUCUAAUUUAUGCAGAUAUCUAGUGACUUCUAUUAUCUUAUGACCAAUAAAUGGCCACCGAUUCUUUGAUCUGAUCUUUGAUUGAUUUUGAAGCAGCUGCAUGAAUUAAAGAGAUAAUAUCAAAGCGAAACGAAAAUGUUUCAAGAUACAAUGCAAUUCAAAACGGAUAGUCCCGUGAAUGCAAUGGCUGUUAGCCGUGAUGGACUGCUUGCCGUUGCCGGAAGAAGUUUACUGAAAGUCUAUAAUCUUUGUGAUGAGACUGGAUCAUCGUUUGGUCAGGAAUUGUUCAAUCUUCGUAGUUCAAAUCUGAAAAAUUUGAAUUUUUCCAACAGCGAUGUUACAUGGUGUUCACUUGAUAAUGAUAUUCUAGCUACAGCCGCUACGAAUGGUGCUGUUGUCAUUUGGAAUCUACAAAAUUCAACCAAGUCGAAAAUAGGCGUCGUUUACAAUGAUCAUAAACGAACGGUGAACAAAGUUUGUUUUCAUGGUAAUGAUCCAAAUCUAUUGCUCAGUGGUUCUCAAGAUGGAUGUAUGAAACUGUUUGAUCUACGCAAAAAAGAAGCUGUCACUACGUUUGUUUCAAAUUCUGAAAGUGUUCGUGAUGUACAAUUCUCGCCACAUUGGACAUAUCAUUUUGCAUCCGUACAGGAGACCGGAAAUGUCGAAAUCUGGGAUAUCCGUAAACCUGAUAGACCGGAAUGUAAUUUUAUUGCUCAUGAUGGACCAGUACUUGCCUGUGAAUGGCAUCCAAAUCAAGAAGCAUAUAAAUGGCUGGCAACUGGUGGUCGUGAUAAAAUCAUUAAAGUUUGGGACCUCAGCAAUCGUAAUCGUCCACAAUUAAUUUAUAAUGUUCAUACGAUAACGCCCGUUUCGAAGCUAAAAUGGCGACCAGAAAAAGAUUUCCAUAUUGGCAGCUGUUCAUUGGUUGUUGAUUUUAGUGUUUACGUUUGGGAUAUUAAACGACCAUAUGUACCGUUUGCCAUUUUUGGUACGAAAAAAGAUGUUACCACCGGAUUAGCAUGGAAAAAUGAUCCUUUUGUGUUCAUAUCAUCGUGUAAGGAUGGUACAAUAUAUCAACAUCGAUUUGAAACCGAUGCCUAUUAUCCGGCCGAACAUUAUCCACCGAUCGGCAUCGAUUUCAAUCCAUUUGGUGAUGUUGCCUUUUCCACCACUGAUUUCAUUUAUCGUCACUCACAAACGUUACAAAAUUCAAAUUCAAUGAAUAUUGGCAGUAGUCGAUCGAAUCGAAUGAAAACAUUUGGCCUGAAUAAUUUAUCUAAUAAUAUUCUUGUUCAAUCAAAUUCAGCAACAAAUUUGAAUCAUUCAUUAUCCAGUUCAUUUACACAGAAUAAUUAUGAACUGCCACCUACUAAUGCAUCAAUUGCCUGUGAUGCACGACCAACAACACGGCAUAUUUCGAUUGGUUCCCCGUCAAAUCAUCAUGCUCAUCAAUAUCUAAUCGCUAGCGGUCAUGGUCAACCUAAGUACCUUCCAUCACAGCAGCAGCAACAGCAACAACAGAUUUCAUCCUCAUCUUCAUCAUCAUCGUAUUCGACACCUGCCUACAAUAUAAGUGUACCUAUAUCGUAUAGGAAAACGAAUGAAACAAUACUAGCUGAUCAUUUCCGUUGUAUGAUCAGUUACAUGAUGUUAUUUGAAAGUCGAAAAUUUCCCACAAUUUCAGCUUGUCUAACUGAGGAAAUUUCAAUGAAAAAUUUUAUUCAUUCAGCCAGAAAGUAUCUAUUGAUGGAUCGAACAUUUGAAGAAUUGUGUGAACAUAAUGCUCAGGUUUCCGAUUCAUUAAAUCGUUGUCAAAUUGCACAAACAUGGCGUAUGAUACGAUACAUGUUCAGCAUAGCCGGACGUCAUCCGACAUCCAGCGGUGGCGUAGGUGGUACGACGGGAAAUAAUCCAAGCGGUGGUAGCCUACAGAAUAGUAUGCAACCAAUCAAUGAUAGUGGUGAUUACAAGAUGAAGAAUGAAAUUCCAAGUCGACAUGCCAGUGGUGGAGGUGGCGGCACUCGUCAUUUUAGCGGCAAUAAUAAUGCAGCUGUGAAUAAUCAUCCAUUUUUUUCAAAAGAAUCCAAACACUCGGAUGAUGAUGAUGAUCGUAACGAUAACAAUCAAUUGGAUUUGUUUCAAAAUCAUUUCCCCACAUUGAAACAGGAUACGAUGCCUAGUAAUAAAUUUGUGGUAGAUUUUUUCGAUUACCAACCGAAUCAAUUAGAAACAAUGGAUUCGAUCGAGCAACGUCUCUUACAUUAUCAUCAUCGUAAUGAUGAAAAUUUCUAUGAUUUUGAAUCAAAUUGCCAGGAAUGGGAACUGCAACGUGAAUCAAUAUUUCAUCGUCAUAAUAUUGCUGAAUAUGGUAUACAGAUGAAUGAAAUGAAUGCAAAUAAUGCUGGUGAUAAUUCAUUGAUGAGCAAUUAUGAAGUCAAUUCAUCCAUUAGCUAUGAUGAAGAUGAUGAAUUGGAUUUCAAUCUUAAUGAAUCGCCUGGAUUUUCAAAUGUUAAUCUACAGGCGCUGUUAUCGUCAAAAAAUCCAGCACCACCAACAUGGCCUAUUUAUGAAUCUGUAGCCCAAAUGCUUCGGUUUUAUGUGGAUGUAUCCGAUGUACAGACUGCCGUUUCAAUUAUUUUGGUGUUGGGCGAUCGAAUGAAACAGAUCGUAUCAAUUGAUAAACAAACCAUUCAGAUAUGGUUUCGUUCAUACAUUGAUCUUUUACAUCGAUUUCAACUGUGGAACAUAUCAACACGUUUGAUACAACAAUGUAGUGAUCCAGAUAUUCAGGGUAUUAAUCAAUCAUUAACAUCAGUACUGGUUUAUUGUGCAUUAUGUAAGAAAGCUAUUCAUCAUGGAUCGGUUUUAUGUGAAAAAUGUCGUACACAGCCAAGCACCUGCAGUAUAUGCCAUGUAUCGGUACGAGGGCUAUAUGUUUGGUGUCAAGGAUGUGCACAUGGUGGUCAUCUGAAACAUAUGCUUGAUUGGUUCCGUACGAAUUCAUUAUGUCCGGCAGGUUGUGGCCAUCAAUGUGAAAUGUGCUAAAUAUGUCCUAUUCUUUUCUCUACAUUUUUACCCGUCUUCGUUCCUUCAUUCUAAUUUAUAUAAGAAGAAACAAAAAAUUUAUGUCAUCA